AUGGAAAUACAUACAGGAGAUAAAUGCUAUAAUUGUGAUAUUUGCGGUUCUGCAUUUAGGUCAAAAAGUAGUCUGACAAAACACAUUGAAACACAUGUAGGGGAGAAACACUUCAGCUGUGAUUUUUGUAACUAUGUUACAAAUACUAAGGCUCAUCUAAAUGAACAUAUGACAGUACAUAGUGAAGAGAAGACCUAUAAAUGUAGUAUUUGUGAUUAUUCCUGCAACUCAAGAGCUUAUUUGAAGACACAUAUCAGUAUACAUAGAGGAGAGGCGAAGAUCUUUAAAUGUGAUGUUUGUGAUUACGCAUGUCACCAUCCUAGUAAUCUGAAGAGACAUAUGGCAAUACAUACAGGAGAGAAACGCUUUAAAUGUAACAUGUGCGAUUAUGUGUGUAAUGUAAGAAGUUCUAUGAACCGGCAUAUGGCAAGGCAUACAGGAGAAAAACGCUUUAAGUGUGACGUUUGUGAUUGUGCGUACCACGAUGGCAGUGGUCUGAAGAGGCAUAUGGCAGUACAUACAGGAGUGAAACGCUUUAAAUGUGAUGUUUGUGAUUAUGCAUGCAAUCUAAAAAACAUUCUGAAAAAUCAUAUGAAGAUACAUACAGGAGAGCGAAGCCUUAAAUGCAAUUUGUGUGAUUUUGCGUGUUAUAAUAGCAGUGGUCUGAAGAGGCAUAUGGCAAUACAUACAGGAGAGAAACGCUUUAAAUGUGAUGUGUGUGAUUAUGCAUGCAAUGAAAGAACCAGGCUGCAAACACAUAUGAAGGUACAUACAGGAGAAAGAAACAUUAAAUGUAAUAUGUGUGAUCAUACAUUCCGCUAUAAUAGUAGUCUGAGGAGCCAUAUGGCAAUACAUACAGGAGAGAAACAAUUUAAAUGUGAUGUUUGUAAUUAUAUGUUUUACCAGCGCUCUCAUCUUAAGAGACAUAUGUCAGUACAUACGGGAGAGAAACGAUUUAAAUGUGGUUUUUGUGAUUAUGCGUGUAAUCGAAGAGAUUCUCUGAAUCAGCAUAUGAAACUACAUACUGGAAAAAAAUGUAAAUGACAUGAUUGCAAUUAUGCAUGUACUUCAAGCAGUUACCUCAAAAUGCAUCUAGGCAAAAACAGAAAUGGGAGACAAUUUUUAAAUGUGAGGUAUAUGAAAGUGCAAGGGGUAAUCUAAGGGUACAUAAUUAUGAAAAACAUACAGGACAAAAAAUGAUUAAGAUAUGAUAUCCAGUAGACUGGUCUUCGGUACAGUGUCAUAUGAAAUGAAAAUACAGGAUUUAAUCAAAGCAGUAAUUGGAAGACACAUAUUUGAAAAUAUUUUGAACAUGAUUUGUAAUUAUGCAUGUAUUAUAUUCAAAUAUAUCUCUUUUGUGGUUCCAUUAAUGCAUAUUUCUUUCAUAGGUGUAUCAAGGGGUGUUUUUUAUUACUCUGAGCCAUUGCUUUUUUACUGAGCAAUAUGACUUCAAGGACAGGAACAGCAUUUACAUUCUUGUAGGACUCCUGAAGUGCUCGUACUACUAAAAAAACAACAACAUUGUAUUGAUAAUAGCUUUCUACUCAUUUGAAAAAAGCUAUUGGCAAAAUAUAUCGGUCCCAUUCAAAAACUGUCUAGAAUAAUGAACCCUUAAAGAGCCAAAUUUUGUUAUUUUUGGCUUGUCAAUUCAAUAGAAAACACAUUUUGCAAUAUUUGAUCUUAAGCAGAAAACUCGCAUACAACCUGUAUUAGCAUAAUAUCUCGGUUCUCUUCGAAAACCAGCCAGAUCCAAUCAUGGGUUCUAGAGUUAUGGCCCCUUUACAGGCCAAAAUUUGCUAUUUUAGGCUUACGAACAAGAUAGAGACCAUAUUUUGCGAUUGACUUAGAUCCACAGAGAAUAGGGGUGCUAUUCUACUCGCACAGGCGUCAGUGUGAGCCUUCAUGGUAAAGUAAUGGCAACCUUUGCUUUUCUUUGUUACCUUUGCUUUUCUUUGUUACUUCUGCUUAUAUCUUACUGUAACUUCACAUUAACAUUGUUUAGCAGUCAAACAAAGUAUAUGCAGGGGUUUGGCCCAUUAUACCCAAUGUCAAGGUCACCAAGGUGUUACAGUUAGGUUAUUUUUAGGUCAAAGAUUUUUGUCAGCCUUUGGUGUUAAACUUAGGUUAUUUUUAUGGUUCAAGUUUUUUAGCAACCUUGAAUUAUCUUUGUUACUAUUGCCUAUACAUGUAUCUUAUUUUAAGUUCACAUAAACAUUGUCCAGCAUACAAAGUAUGUGAAGGGGCUGGGCCCAUUAUACAUAAGGUCAAGAUCACCAAGUUGUUAUACAAGGAAUUAUUUUCAUGUUAAUUUUUCUCGAAAGCUUCCUUUAUAGACAUAACUUUUGUACUUUGAAUACUUGAAAUUAAUAAUAUUUCUUUAUAAUUAUCGUCUGUAUGUGUGGUUACAAUCUCAGUAACUGUAAUUGUAUUUUUGACAGAUUUAUGCCCCUUUCAUACUUAAAAGUUUUUAGCAAUCUUCGCUUUCUGGACAUAACUUUAUCACAAUAUAAGGUUAUGUCUUGAACCUUUCAGGUAUUUUUAUUUUUGUCAUCUGCUAUAAUAAUAAAUAUAAUAAAUAAGUAAGAUAAAAUAAAUACAAAAUAAACAGAAAUUUAAUUUUAUGCUUCAUUGUCUUGAAGUUUCUUGGGUCCCAUGUGGUUCUGGGUCGAUCUGUAUAUGAAAAGAAUUGGAACCACUGCCUUUCCCUUUAAUGAUCGUAAGAGGCGACUAAUAGGGUCUUAAGAAUUGGUUUUGCUGUAACUCUGUGGUACGAAAAUUUUUAUUCCAUACCUCAUGUUUUAUUUCGAUGUAAAUGAGAUGUGAAACCAAAACUUGUAGUCC